CUGACUUGGCUACAUCACUCGGAAGUCCGAAGUAUUAGAAAAAACCGGCAUCUGCUACCAUAUUAGUAUAAGGCAUUUUAGUCUAUCCCGAUGGCGAGUUGUAUACCGGAUUUAGAACGUUUACCUGUACUUGUGCAACAUUGUUAACAACAAAGAUAAAGGUAAAGCAUCAUGCAACCUGAUGUAGCGUCCGGCUACUCGAGAUAUUUAUAGGAAAGUCAUUACGAAUCACUCUGAGAUAAUUAAACAUGAAGACAUUCUUGAUGUUUCAAGCUACGUUCCUUCUUUCAUGCAUGGAUCUGAACACAGGUGCGGUACUUUCUCUUACUGUAAUCAGUCCUCUAGGUGAUACAACAAUAAAUGAUCUUGAUAUACCCACAGACUUUGUGUGCAAUGCCGAAGCCACUUUGUUAUGUGAAAUUAAACCAUAUAUUGAUGACUCCGUGACUUGGCAAAUAAAUGGGAAAACAUACGCAGUGUGCGUUUUGCAGAAUUGUGUCAUAUACCCGCCCUUUCCAGAAAACCACAAUUUUUCUUUGGACGUGGCAAGCGGAGUUUUCAAUUUAACUGUGGAUCCGGUUACCAAUUGCACAAACUACAAUAUUUACAAAUGCGAUGAUGGCAUUACUGCAAGAUCAGUUGAAGCACAAGUGAAAGUAUAUCCAACCAAUGAGACUUUAAAAAUGGAUACAACUGCUGAAGAUCGAUUAACAGUAACAACCGGAUGUGUCUAUCCAAAUGAAAUUGAAGACCUAACAUUUGAAUGGUACAUAUCUAAGUAUAACACGACUGUAGAGUCAGAGCCAUUUACAUCAAAAAAGAAUGAAAGCACAGUAAUUUUUGAUUGUACAGAAACGCCAAGUUGCACAGCAUCACAUUUCAACAACACUGUAGUUUUUGAUGUUUUCGAUGAUGGAGAUGAAUAUUACAUUUAUGUUAUCGUUAAGCACAACGAUGCACCAAAUAGGCCCUCUACAAUACAUUCUACUGGAAGACGUUAUAAAGUCAAGGACAAAGUUAAAAGCACACCUUCAUAUGGUGAGUCUAAGGAUGACAAACCAGCAUUAAACCUUAUGCUUAUCAUCGUCCUUGUAAUACUGAUCACGUUAUUACUUGUACAACUCGGAAUUAUGUGUUUUCUUCAAUGCAAGAUACAUAGCAUACGCAGCAGAGCAUCAGGCGGAGAUUCUGAAAUUUACAAAAGGAUAGGUAUGACUAUUUUGGGGAGUAUUCCAGUUUUAGGAGGGAUACCAAUAUACAUUACCUGGAAGGUGUUUUACAGAGACGUGUAUCAAGUUACUCAUGGAAUGCAUCAUGGUACCAAUACAGACUUGUCUAAUAACUCCUAUAGUGGCGUUAGCUUGAAUAGAAAUGGGACCAUGUCACAUGAAGUCCAUGAAUACGACAUAAUAGUGGAGCACCACGAGACAGAAACAACCCUAAAUAGCAGCCAUACAGAAACUAAUACAGGCAUACAGAUACAAAGUUCCACAGUAACAGCUAGUCCAUCCAGCGAGCAUGUCGGGAGAAGUUAAAGUGCAAACUAGUCCAAUAUGUUGAAGUAUUGCUUGGAUCCAGAGAUCUAGAUAGAGUGAAAAAUGUUAGCUUUACUCUCUUUAUCACAAGUUGCACAAGUGUAACAAUGCGUGUUUGAACAUGGAGUGCUAAGAACCAGAACCGAUUCAUAAUGCUUUCUGCGUUCACGACAGCACAAAUAUGUAAAUGUGAAAGCAGUAUCAAGUUUAGAAAGAUGAAGUAAAGAAGAGGACGAUGCCUACAACAGACUGCUUGUAUGAAAAAGUGCCAAAUGCUUUUAAAGUAAACUAGAGUCAUUUAGACGUAGAAAUGACUUCAACACCAACAGGUUGUAUAUUGCAUACAAGCAAUACUGACACUGGGGAUGAGCCAUUGAAUUAUUUUGACAAGAAAACGUGGGCCAAAGUAAAGGAAUGUGACAAAAACAGGCAAAAUAAAUGGACAAACUCGAAGUUUAAUUCAAUACAUUUACCAAAUGAUUUUGACAAGUCUCUUUGUUAUCAUUCUCGUUGUUAUAAAUCAUAUACAGCUGUACCAAAAUCCAAUGUUAUAAGACAAAAAGAUAAAAACAAUAAUUUAGUUGGUUCAGAUUGUAAAAAGCCUACUCCAUGAAGUGAAGUGGAUCAUCAGUGUAGUAGUACAUCAGGUGUUUUUCAUAAUGUUUAUAUCUUUUGUAACCACUUCAGAAAAAAACUAAACAGAAAAGAAGAAAAACUAGGGAGUCUUGAUUACAAACUUAGUGCAGCUAAUCUAAAGAAAGCAGCAAUAGGCCUAAAUGAUCAUAAACUUUUGGCAAAGUUAUCAGAUGAGAACCUGGUUGCCAAAUUCAUGCCGUAACACAUAUAUGAAGAAAUAUGAACGUUAUAAAAUAGCUAAGGACGUUAAGACAGAAAUCAGUCUGCAGUAGAAAGCUUAUACAAUUGUGACAGAUCAUGUACAGAAGUUUCUGAUUGGACAGAAAGGGUCUGAAAAAUUAACAGCGCUCUAUAAAAGGUAUGUUGAUGCUACUGGAAUUGUUAGUCCUGAUUACAAGCCACAAAAUCUGUGUGAGAGGCUUCUCAGUGAAUUUGGAGGUAAGUUGAAAAAAUGUAAAAUGAGCAACAAAGGAGGUGUCGUUUUGAGUCAUACGGAUCUUCUUGAUGAUUCUGCCAUAAUGAAAACAAAUACAAGUAAUAAUGUCUUAAAGAUGUUUUUCACAAUUAUUUCUAGCGGACAGAAUUUUUUGUAACUUUGCAUAUUUAUAGAUUGAUGUAUGACAAGUUAAAAUAAAAAAUAAAACUAAUAGGUACCCGUGCUUCUUUUUUCAAUAUUCAAAGUUUAUUAAGAACACCAAAUCGGUAUUUUUGUCUGAAGAAACAGUACAUACAUGUUAUAAUAAAACUACUGCAAACAAUUAUUUAUUCGAAAAUUCACUCUGAUGUUACUUUUUAUGCAUCCGAAUUAAUAACACCACUAUAACUAUGCAUAAAAUGUCAACAUAUAGAUAUAUUAACUCAGAAAAAUUACUCUUGACAGAUGUCGAAAGUAUCUAAAACUGAGAAAAACACGAAGUAUUUCUUAAUGAUAUGAAAAAUCUAGCGGACAGAUUUUUUCCAAAUUUUAUAUUAUGUAAGCUAGAACUAAGACAAAAAAAUCUAAACCAAAAAAAUAAUAUCAACCCGUGCUUGUUUUCAAGAAAAAUUAAAAAAUAUUCACUCCACCCACAAAAGUAUUUUUUCAUUACCCCACCCACCUAAAAUUUAUAACAUUUUUUUUUCUUACAAAACAAAUUGCACAAUGUUAUUAUCAGUUCCUUAACCAAUAUUCUUACUCACAUGCGGAAUAAUGCUCCUUUAAGGUUGCAAGCCUCUAGAUCAAAUACUUUUUGAGAUACGUGCUACACAAGCUUUCACAUCCCAUUUACGUAUAUAUUUGACCACGUCAAGGGACAUAAAUCUGUUAUUAUUGAGUGAAACCUCAAAUAAAAGCACUGGUGCACAACUUCGCAUUCUGAAUUUAAUUCUUGUUUGGUUUCAUGACUAUUAGCGCAUAUAAUUUUGAGGUACAUGCGACACAAAUGUUUAGACCCUUUAUGUACAAUUUGACUAUCAGGGGCCAUAACUCUGGUCUUACUACGUGAAAUUCGGGAUGGGGCACAAAAAGUAUAACAACAUUUUUAGGAAUUAAAAUCUGAAAAGUAGAUCACAUUUGAACUUGAAGCAGAUAUAUCUACGUUAAGAUUUUUUGGAAUUUUAUUUGACUUGGAGUCGGCUGCAUCAUUACUGGACGAAAUAGUUUACUUUCAAAUUGGCUGUCCACAAUGUAUUCGAUUCGAGCACUUCCUACAACUACUCCUCCAAUAAAACACCAUCACUUUUAAAGGUAAAAUAUGGAUGCA